AGUGCAACAAGAAAAGCGCAUGGUAGCAGAGCCACAGAGUUCACAUCGGACUCUUGUUAAUCGCCGCCGCGCGUUCCUUUACUUUUCUUGGAGUUUGUAGCUAUCCUGGUUUCUGUUGUCGUCGCAUCGUCCUCUCUUUGUAGCCCGAUUGCCUACAGAAGGGCUCGCGAAACUUCCUUGAGAAUAAUAGCAAUAAAAAGAAAAAAAAACAACCAAUCUCAAAUAUUUGAUGGAUCGGUGCAUUGCUAAAGUCUUCUUAUACACUCAGAGCUAACACUUUUUUCUUCUUCUUUAAUUGCUUUUCUUUAGACUCUUUACUGUGUUUCUUCCUCAGACGUUAAACGUCUUUUUCCCUUUUCCCAGGCAACCAUAUUCUUUGCUGUUGUUUACUUCUUUCAAUUUAGUUACGCACAGCUGACACACACCCUUUGCUGCCAUGUUUGUCACGUCUGAGCACCUGCUGCCAUGCGACGCCUACUGCUGUCGUAUUAGUGACAACCGCGCCAAGCCCCUCGUCGGGUUUGGCGGGCGAGAUGCGUCGAUUCACGUGUACCCCUUCAGCGGCUACACACGCUCCGCCUGGCUGCAAGGGCUAACGGAGCCUGUCACGGCGCUGGCGUUUGACCCCGACCAGACCUUCGUGGUCGGCGGCAGCGAUGGCGGAAAGUUGCAGAUGUGGGACCUAAACUCCGAGGAGGUGGCCCGGUCUUUCACCCGUGGUCACGACUCCACCGUGACGGACAUCGACGUCUUCCGCAGUGGCCAGUUCUUCGCCACCGUCUCGACGAACAAGGUGUUGCGCGUGUGGGACGUCCGCAAGUCGUCGGGGCGGCAGUCGUACAAGGACGCCACCGCCCCCCUCUGCGCCGUGCAGUUCUCGCCGAACGGCAAGUGGAUCGCGACGGGCUGCGCGCGUGGUGUGGUGCGCCUCUACGACCUCGCCGCGGGCCGCCUCCUGCACAAGUUGGAGCUGCACACCGGGGCCAUCACCAGUCUCCACUUCCACCCGGAUCUCUACUACUUGACGGUGGCGAGCGGUGACGGCACGGUGUCGAUGUGGGACCUGGACUCCUUCGAGCCGAAGUUCCGCAGCGACAGCCAGCACACGCCCGUCGACGCGGUGCGGUUCUGCGGCGUUCACCUGCUCGCCACCUCGGACCACAACGUGCGCAUCUUUGACAUGCGCAACCUCAGCGACCGCACCGCCGUGUCACUCGACGCGCCGUGGAUGAUGAUUGGCGACGUCGCCUACGCCGCCGCGGCAGACGAGGCGUGGUUCGUCGAGACCGCCGGCUCCACCGCAACGAAGUGCAAGCUGUCGCUGCGGGAGCUGCAGCGCACGGCAGACGCGCCCGCGACGAAGGAGACCGCCCCUGCGCCGACGUCACUCAAGCCGUUGCAGCGCGUGCCCGUCGCUACGCUGAACAACAACAACAAUCCGCUCUUCGGCGAGGUGAAGCGAAAGACGCCGUAUGCUAUUCGCCUUCCCCCGACAACUCCGACGAAAGGUGCGGUGGAGAACACCCACAACACACCAGGCAAGACGUCGCGACAGCCCACGCCGCCACCUACGCCGUCCCCGCCACGGCCACAGUGGAGCACGAGCGGCCCCUCCUUCCCCGACGCCGCGCCGUCCUCGUUCGGACACCACGCCUCGGAGUUGCAGCUGGUCGAUCAGCUGUCCCGCGAAAGUGGCACCACCUCCCUCACACUGCAGCAACGACUCACCGUGAUGCACGACAUCCGCACCCUCUGGGCUGAUAACCAGCCGGCGGCGAUUGCGCAGCUCACGCGGCUCUACGACGAUGGGCAGGAGUUUGGUCCCCUCUUUGACUUUCUCACGGUCAUGCAGCAGCAGCGCAUGAAGGAGAAGCUGUCGACCGACGCGUUGGCAGGGAUAGUGGAGCUGGUGCAGAUUGCGCUGAGCACCGACUACGAGCCGCUUGUGCUGCUCGGGUUGCGCACGCUGCGUAGUACGGUGACGCGGUUCCGCGUGCGCGUGGAGGAGGCCCGGCGGCGCGCCCGCUCGUCGCAGAGCACCGGCCAUAAUGACCCGCUAGGAAUGGCGCAGCACCAACGCAUCAUGGAGAAGCUCGCGGCGUGCACGGAGGGCGUGUUGAGCCUGUCACAGCGGCGAGACGCUGUGGGCGAGGAGGCGCGGUCGGUUGUCGCGGACUUGCCGUCGCAGCCAUCCAGUGCGGCAGCGUAA